UGAAAGCUUUAGCUAAAGAGUUAAAUAUACCUAUUAUAGCUUUAUCGCAAUUAUCACGGGCGGUUGAUAGUCGCGUUGACAAAAGACCAAUUUUGUCAGAUCUUAGAGAAUCUGGUGCUAUUGAACAGGAUGCUGAUUUAAUUAUGUUUUUAUAUCGGGAUAUUGUUUAUAAUCCCAAUACUGAUAACCCGAAUAGCGCUGAAGUUAUUAUAGGCAAGCAACGUAAUGGUGCUACGGGUUCAGUGCUUUUGCAUUAUAAUAAUGAGCUUAUGUUGUUUUAUGAAGAGUAG